AUGGAAGUGAAUUGUUCCAGCAGCUCAGCCUGCCCUGCCAACAGUUCAGAGGAGGAGCAGCCAGUGGGGCUGCCGGCACCUGAGAACCUGAAACUUGUUUUCACAGUGGUGUCAGUCUUGAUGAUGGGCCUGCUCAUGUUCUCACUGGGGUGCUCUGUGGAGAUCAGGAAGCUGUGGCUGCACAUCAAGAGACCCUGGGGCAUUGCUGUGGGAUUGCUCUGCCAGUUUGGUCUCAUGCCUCUUACAGCUUAUCUUCUGGCCACCAGCUUCUCUCUGAAGCCUGUGCAAGCUACUGUUGUUCUCAUCAUGGGCUGCUGCCCAGGUGGAACCAUUUCUAACAUCUUCACCUUCUGGGUUGAAGGAGAUAUGGAUCUCAGCAUCAGUAUGACGGCCUGCUCCACAGUGGCUGCCCUGGGAAUGAUGCCACUCUGCCUCUAUCUCUACACCUUGUCCUGGAAUCUUGAGCAGAAUUUCACUAUUCCAUAUCGGACCAUAGGAAUUUCCAUUUUGUGCCUGACCAUUCCUGUGGCCUUUGGUGUCUAUGUGAAUUAUAGGUGGACAAAACAAUCCAAAAUCAUCCUCAAGACUGGGGCCAUCGCUGGUGGGGUACUCCUUUUGGCUGUUGUAGUUGCUGGUUUGGUGCUGGCGAAAGACUCUUGGAAUCCAGACACCACCCUGCUGACCAUCAGUUUCAUCUUCCCUUCGAUUGGCUAUGUCACGGGCUUUCUGCUGGCACUUCUCACCCACCACUCUUGGCCGAGGUGCAGGACAAUUUCCUUAGAAACUGGAGCUCAGAAUAUUCAGAUGUGCAUCACCAUGCUCCAGUUGUCUUUCACCGCUGAGCAGAUGGUCCAGAUGAUUAGCUUCCCCUUGGCCUAUGGACUCUUCCAGAUGGUGGAUGGAAUUCUCAUUGUUGCAGCAUAUCAGAUAUACAAGAGGAGACUGAAGAAUAAACACAGGAAAAGGAAUCCACAUGGUGCAGAAGGCUGCCAUAACAAGAAAUCCACCUUUCUCAAAGAGGCCAGUGCUUUCUUGGAGGUGAAUGAAGAAGUUGCAGUAACUCCUGGGUCACCAGAGCCUAUGGAUUCCCACAUGACUCUUGAAUCAACAGGCCACAUCUCUUCAUGUGCAUAGUAGGGGCUUGCUGCCUGACUGGAUGUUGACUUCCUCCACAACCAGUAAAGAGAGUGCAGAGCUGAUGCAUGGGUCUCAUUGGCAGGGCCUGUGGGAAUAAUUAUAUUUUUGUGUGGCUUGUAAUCAUCAGGAUACACUUUUGAGAAGGUACUCUGCCUAUUUCAGGGAGUCCUUCUGCGGUUCACACAACAUUUACCAGCUGCUGUGUCUUUGUCUUCCCGUGCAGUAAAGAGUGAUACUCGUUGUUGUGUGAUGUCAUCCUCAAGUGGACUUCAAAUCUCACAAGGGUAGCGACUCUGCAUAGAGCAUCUCAUACUUCAGGGCAAGGACAGAGUCUGAGCCCACUUGACUUUGGGAAGGUCCUUUGGAACAUUGGCGAGGAAGCCUACAACCCUUAUUAAAAAUGGGGCCUUUUCCAAAGUGAUUCAAGUCUUCUUGGAUCAUAGGUGUAAUUUAAAGGCAAUUUAACAAACACUGAGGUUAAAAGGUGAAUGUCCCAUAUCUUCACUCCCCAGUGAUAGGCACAUGUAUAGCCUCCUGAUUUUUGUUUACACAUUGUAUAACUUUUAAAAUAUUGGGAUCAUCCCACUUACACUGUUUUGUAAGUCACUUAAUGACACGUCUGGAGCAUCUUUACACGUCAGUCUGUGUUGACCUACCUCCUUCUUCAGAACAGCGGCUUGGAGGAAGGAUUUCACUGCAUGGAAGGGCUCAUUUGUUUAACCAUUCCUUACUCAUGGACAUUUAGUUAGCUUUCAACUUAUUGGCAUUGCAAUGCUGCUGCAAACACCCCUGCCCUUCUGCAAGUAUUUCUGUAGGUCACUUCCUGCAGUGUGGAUUGCCAAGCUGAUUGCACAUGGGACGCUGGCCGAUUGCUCCUGGUUACGCUGUGUGCAUUCCAUUGCCUGGGAGGAACUGGGUUGCCGCAGUUGCACCAUCUAAAGGAUGAUCGAUUUUGAUUUGUGAGCAUUUUUAAAAUUAUGAGUAAAGUAUUUUUUAUGACCACUUGCUUAUUCUCUUGCCUACUUUUCUGUUGUAUUUUUCCUUUUUGAUUGAUAAAUUUUAACACAUAUGGAUGGUAACUCUUUGUCCUGCUUGUCAACAUUCUACCUACUCUUUUAUCUUCUGUUAUUUUAUAAUGUCUAUUGCUGUACAAUAAUUUUAUAUUUUUUACAUACUAAGCCAUAUUAGUCUUUACAAAACUGUUUAUCCUCGAUACUU